AUGGCACAUCCGUACACUUCGCAUGCCCGAUCGCGUAAUAUCCACAAGCGCUCACAUCAAGAGAAAAACAAGUCAAGUCCCACUUUCCUGGAUGGCUACGACGAGCAGCACCGACAAUCUUGGACACCCGAAGUCCAACAGUGUCGUGACUACGAUCAUGCAUCAAUCGUCACCAAACCCGAAGAGAUGAGCAAGGGGAAAGUGUACUUGGCUAUGGCUUUGACCUUCGUCGUGCCCCUGAUAAUCCUGCUUCACACACCCUUCCUCUUCUCCUUUUUGGUUGCGGUUCCGUUUUUGUUCAGGACCUCACCGAGGCAUGUCGUCGCCAAAGUAUAG